UUUUGUGAGAUAGGACAAUUUGUGGCUUGAAUCUCUGUUGCAGCAAUCUCAUUCAUGUUAUAUCUAAAUGGUUCUGAAUGCUCUACAGUUCUCUGCUUUUAUGAUUAUCUUUUAUCUAUGAUUUAAUUUCUUGAUUCGCAAAUGCUACUUCUCCUUUAUUCUGACAUAUAUGUGGGGGAUGUAUGCCUCCUUCCACAGUUAAGAUAACUAGAAAUUUAAUUUGUAGUAUUCUUUUGUUCAAUACAUUCUUUUUCAAAAAACAAUUCUCAAUUUAAUGCACCAGCUUCAUGUUCCUCUUGAUUAUCAUUCGAGAUUCUCUUUUUGUUGUCUCUAUUAGAACUGAUAUUAUCACAUUGUAACCCCUUGGAGUCAUAUCUCAUGAUGAGGGUUCAAAUAAUUAUACCCUGCAACUCCUUUUGCCCUUUCAUUUUCUUUUCACCUUUCGAUAUCUUUAUUCUUCCUUCCAUGAAAUCUUCUGGCUUCUGUGCCUUCUUCACAGUUGCCUUGCAAGCUUAUUUAAUUAAAUACAUAAGAUGCCAAGGGCAAAGGAAAAUGCAUCAGCAGCCCCCAAGCCAGUUGAACCUGAAAAGUUAAAUGAUUCUGAUGAGAGGGUGGAUCUUGAUGGAGAUAAUGAUCAUGAGGAGGUGCUGGAUGAAGAGGUUGAAUAUGAAGAGGUAGAGGAAGAAGAGGAAAUGGAAGAAAUGGAAGAAAUAGAAGAAGAGGAAGAUGUGGAAGAAGAGGAGAUUGAAGAAGAAGAGGAAGAAGAGGCUGAUAUUGCUGAUUCUGAAAAAGGCCCCGGUGGUUAUGACACAAAGGUUGAGGACGAGGAUGAGAGAAAAAGAUAUGCCGAACUUCUUGCCCUUCCUCCUCAUGGAUCUGAAGUAUAUAUAGGUAGCAUUCCUCAAGAUACUUCUGAGGAAGAUUUGAGGAGCUUUUGCAAAUCUAUAGGAGAAGUCACAGAGGUUAGAAUAAUGAAAGGCAAAGAUUCAAGUGAGAACAAGGGCUUUGCUUUUGUGACCUUUAGAACUGUUGAAUUGGCAUCCAAAGCCAUUGAGGAGCUGAAUAAUACCGAAUUCAAGGGUAGAAGAAUAAAAUGUUCGACAUCUCAAGCAAAGCACCGAUUGUUCAUUGGUAAUGUUCCUAGGACCUGGGGAGAAGAAGAUUUAAAGAAGGCUGUGAUAGAGAUUGGGCCUGGAGUUACUGGAGUGGAACUUGUUAAGGAUAUGAAGAAUCCACGCAAUAAUAGGGGCUUUGCUUUUAUUGAGUAUUAUAACCAUGCAUGUGCGGAAUGCUCAAGGAAGAAGAUGUUGAAUCCAAAGUUCAAGCUAGACAAUAAUGCUCCUACUGUGAGCUGGGCUGACCCUAAAACUGCUGAUGCUUCAGCAGCUUCACAGGUGAAGGCCGUGUAUGUGAAGAAUCUGCCGAAGGACAUAACCCAAGACAAGUUAAAGAAGUUAUUUGAACACCAUGGGAAGAUUACAAAAGUGGUUCUGCCACCAGCAAAGUCUGGACAGGAAAAGAACAGAAUUGGUUUUGUGCACUAUGCGGAGAGGUCGAGUGCUAUGAAGGCACUGAAAAACACUGAGAAAUACGAACUAGAUGGCCAAUUUUUGGAGUGUUCUCUUGCAAAGCCACAGGCAGAGCAGAAGUCUGUUGGAGGAUCAAAUUCACAGAAGUCUGGCUUGCUUCCAACUUAUCCAUCUCAUGCUGGUUAUGGUUUGGUUGGCGGUGGUUAUGGUGCUCUAGGUGCUGGAUAUGGUGCCACAGGCUUCACUCAGCCCCUGAUCUACGGGAGGGGACCAACUCCUGCCGGCAUGGCCAUGAUGCCGAUGCUUCUGCCUGAUGGACGGAUUGGAUAUGUCCUCCAACAGCCAGGAGCACAUCCGCACACCCCUCCUUCACAUCAGAGAGGUAGCAGCAGAGGUGGCAAUGCUAGUGGCAGCAAGAGUGGUGGCAGCUCAGGCAGGGGGAGGCACAGCAAUGAUGGUGGGCAGGGGCACAGGUACCGCCCGUAUUAAUUAUUUCCUUCGAAUGCUUAUAAUUUUUACGAGGGGUUUCGGAACUUCUAGCACUCACUUGUGGUUCUUGUUACUGGAAACUCAAGAUUAUUCAAUAUUAGGCUAUGCAUCAGUAUUUCUCUAAUUUUAGGUAUUAUGAAAUUGUUGUAUUUUGGCAGUGUAACACGACUCUAAUGUAACUCAUUUCUCCUUGCUGUUCAUAUUUCAAUUAUGUUAUUUGAUCUUCAA